AUGUCAAGUAGUCAAGGAACGAAAUGCGACGAGUUUGUCGCCGAUGACGUGACUUCUAAUCGUUCAAAUAAUACUAGAAGGAUGUUAAUCAAGGAGUAUCGGAAGAUUGGUCAUGGUGCUUUUGGAACAGUGGUUCAGGCUUUUAUUACCCCAGAUAAAGAGAAAUGGUAUGGACCUUAUGCCAUAAAGAAGGUUCCAGCGCAGACAGAGUAUAAAUCAAGAGAGUUGCAGAUCCUGAGGAUAGCGGAUCAUCCAAAUGUUGUGAAAUUAGAGUAUUUCUUCACGCAUGUGUCUCCGCAGGACGGUAAAGUUUAUCAACAUUUGGCUAUGGAAUGUUUACCGGAGACUUUGCAAAUUGAAAUUAGUCGGUAUGCUUCUAAUAAGCUUGAGUUACCAAUCAAGCAUGUAAAGCUUUACAGUUAUCAGAUUGCUCGCGGUAUGCUUUAUUUGCAUGCUUUUGGGAUUUGUCACAGAGAUGUUAAACCUUCAAAUAUAUUGGUUGACCCAACAAAUGGUGUUUUAAAGAUUUGUGAUUUUGGGUCUGCGAAGAAAUUGGAGCAAACUCAACCUUCGAUCAGUUAUAUUUGUUCCCGUUUCUAUAGAGCUCCGGAACUAAUUGUUGGUUGUACUCAAUAUACUACUCAAAUCGAUAUAUGGGGGUUAGGUUGUGUGAUAGGAGAAAUGCUCAUAGGUAAAGCUGUAUUCCAAGGACAAGAACCUCUGUUACAAUUGCGCGAAAUCGCUAAGCUACUAGGUCCACCGGAUAAGAAAUUUAUUUUCUUCGCGAAUGCUACUUAUGAUGGACCUUUAUUCUCAAAACCUUUGUUCUCUGGUUCACCACAACAACGCUUUGAAAAACAUUUCAGUCAUGCUGGUCCCGACGGAAUUGAUUUAUUGAUGAAAGUACUAGUUUAUGAACCACAAGCGAGAUUAUCUCCAAGACGUAUUAUGGCACAUCCAUUUUUCGAUGAUUUGAGAAAUGAACAGUAUUUCUUUCCAAGGGGACAAACUCAACCGGUUCAUUUGCCCAACCUUUUCGAAUUUAGCGAUUUUGAAUCACAAAUUUUAGGUGAAUUCGCCGAUAAGGUUAAACCCAAAAGAGAUACUGUUGAGACGGAUAAUUGA